CCUGAUCACUCAUUGUUCAUUAAGUUUCGUCUCUCCGAAAUGAAUUUUUUUUAUAAUGAUCCCAUGGAGUACGAAUAUACGCAGUCUGUGAAGGCUUCCUCAGCUCCAUGCACUCCUGUCGAUCAUGAAACGAUCAAUAGCGAUGCGAUUGUGGAACAACUUGAUAGCUUCACUUUGGAUGACUCGGUACAAAAUCAACAAGAGCCUAACUCUCGUCAAGAUUCCACAGAAAUGGUCAAAAUACCUCCGAAGGAGCCAACACCUACCAAAGAACCAACACCUGCGAAGGCAUUAACACCUACCAUGGCACCAACACCUACACAGGAAAAAGAAGAGCAUUCUGUAGUUCCCUUUAAGACAGACUUAUCAUUUCAAAAUGAACAACAAAUACCAACGGAUACCCCUUUAACACCAGCUUUAUUGAACAACAACAUUCUCAAUUAUUAUUCACCUGUUCAAGAUCCUGUGAAUCACUUGACGUACGUUAAAUAUUUAAUUAUUUUUACCUUCUUUUGUGGUGCCAUUUACGUAUGCUCUGUUUUGGGCCAAACGAUUCGACUUGACAUGAAUGAAAUGAUAGCAGCUAAGGAAGCAGGCAUGUUGAGUAAAAAAUACGAUUGCGCAAGAAGUUUUGACCUGAAUAACUGUCACUAUGAGGAUUUGGUCCCUGCAGCCAUCCCUUUCUGUCGUGAGUGGGAGGAAUGUAUUCAUGGACCCAUUAUCGUCAACCGUCUAGAGUUAAUGGCAGACUACAUUGGAUCCAUGUACUAUGCAUUUUUCUCACGACUGUCCUGGCAAGACAAGAUUGUUUUUCUUUCCUUGUUUUCUGCUUGUCUUUGGGCAAUUAAAUGUAUACUCAUUGCCCUUGUUGCUUCUUACACUUGAUAUAACUUAAUAAAGUAGAGGAGGCUUAUGUUCAAGCAUCCUCACGUCAAAAUGUUUGCAAUUCGUUAAGACUCACUAUGCACAAUUUGAGAGUAGCUAGGGAAUCCAGAAGAUCCGUCUUCUGCGAUCUUGAAUAAAAACAUGAGUUGUGGAAGAUGCUCGAUAUAAUCUAUACAAUUCAUGCGACCCUUUCUUUCGUAUUAUGAGAAGGCAAAGCUUUGUUUAGUGUGCAAACAUGAAAAGACGAGGACUCUCCGGACAAUUGUGACAAAUCCCUUUUUCUCAUUUCAGAUAUGAACUUAAAUAAACGUACUCGAGUUAUACAGAAUACCCACUUCAUAAAAAAAAAAAAAAAGCACGGAUAAGGUGCUAUUAGGCAUGGACAUAAAUUUUUAAAAAUAGUGUGCUUCUCUUAGUUCCCAACAGAGAGUUGGUUAACAGGUC